GGCGGUGGGUGGAAAAUGAGGAUAGGAUGUCUGCAAUUCGCCCCGAAGCUCGGGGACGUCAAUAAUAACCUCAACCGAGCCGACGCAGUCUUGAGUAAAGCGAACCCCGAGAACCUCGAUCUGCUCUGUUUGCCCGAAUUAGCUUUCUCAGGGUAUAACUUCAAGUCGCUUCAACAGAUCAGCCCUUUCCUCGAGCCUCAAGGCUCUGGAGUGACUGCGCUCUGGGCGAGAACGGUCGCUCUCAAAUACAAUUGCGUUACGAUAGUCGGAUACCCAGAGAGUUGUGACGUAAAAGCGAAAUGGCCCACCGGACCCGAGUACUAUAACUCGGCCAUUGUCGUCAAUGGCGAAGGAGAAACAAUCGGCAAUUAUAGAAAGAGUUUCUUAUACUAUACGGACGAGACAUGGGCUCUGGAAGGCGGCGAGGGGUUCUGGCAAGGGGUUAUCCCUGGCCUUGGGAAUAGGAACACCUCCCUGGGCAUUUGCAUGGAUAUCAACCCGUAUAAGUUCGAGGCUCCAUUUCACGCUUUCGAAUUCGCGUUUCACGUUCUAGAGAUGGGAUCAAAUCUCGUCAUUCUUACGAUGGCAUGGCUCACAAGGGAGGAUGGUCGAAUGUUUUCUCGCAUGCCCAAUGAUCCGGAUUUGGAGACAUUGACCUAUUGGGUAACCAGAUUAGAGCCGCUCAUCAGAGCAGAAAGCGAGGACGAAAUCAUCGUGGUUUUUGCAAAUCGCUGUGGUAUCGAGGAUGACGCAGUUUACGCCGGAACCAGCGCUGUGAUUGGGAUAAAAGAUGGUGAGGUAAAUGUUUAUGGGAUCCUCGGCAGGGGAGAGAAGGAGCUUCUGGUUGUUGAUACAGAUGCUGCCCCAUAUGCUAAAUUGGUGUAUCGGCCUGAUGACAAUGGGCCAGUGGUUUCUUCGACCGAUGAUGAGUCAAAGGGCGGUUCGCCCAAUACACCGGCCAGACCUGACAAGCAGGAUCCUUCAGGGAGGUCGGAACAGCCUAGAUCAACAGGAGGAAACAGCUCUACGAACACUCCAACGACCCAAGCACCGAAAAACACCAACUCAUCCAGUAUGUCUAAGGCUCCCACUCAGCCUAUUUCACCAUUGAGUGAGUCCAUACUCGCUAACUAUGAAUCGAUAUCACAUAGUGGAGCCACAAAAGACUAUGAUUACGUACCCUUAGGUCAUGGUCCCAGAGCUGGAAGUGAUGGAAGUACGAAAUCCAUGCAAGGUUCAAUCGGUUCAGGCCGUUCGGUAACAUCAAGGAAGUCGAAAGGUUCAAGUCGCACUCGAGGUUCUAAGGAGACCAUUGAUUCUAAGGGCUUGAGCUCCCAUCGGUUAUCGUCUAAGAAAGUCAAGACAACAUCCCCCCGGAUACAGAUCCCACCCCCUAAGUUAGCAAAUGAUUCGAUUCCGACUCCAACGGCACCAAGUCCAACACCCUUGGCCGUCCGGCCUAAGCUUACCAUCCCAAAGGAUGCUCAUAGACGCCCGCACAUUCCCACACCUCAUCCUGAUUUUGGUCAGAGAAGCCAUAUCCCAACAGAACAGCAGAAUGCCAUCUUAACCCCGACCACAGCUUUUGACGAUUUGAGUCCGCAAUUUCCAAUCAGGUCCUUUUGGACUCCUUCUGACUCGCGCCUACGGAAUUCGAAGGAACUACACGACUGGUCGCCUAUAUUAGAACACUCAUCACGGUCCCCAAAGCCAAUUACUGAAAACAUGUCUAGAGCUACGGAGGUAAGCGUGGAAGGUAGAAAACCCAAUCCAGCUACCAAAGAUCUACGAAAAUCUUCACCGCCUAAAUCGCGCACUACCAGCCGAUCAAGAAAAAUUGAGCGUUCGAACUCGUCGUUUGGUCAGAGGCCCGAUUCAAACGCACUUGGUCAACGCCUUGAAACCAUAAGCCCACGCCUAGGGUCUUCUGUUGGGCAGAGAGCCGAUACGUCCUCGCCUUAUCCAGAUCGUCCCUCUUCGCCUAAGUCGCGAAAUACAAGUCGGAGUCGUCCUACUAACCCUAUUCUUGCGGAUGACCCUAUGGACCAACAAUAUUUCGAUAUUGUAGAAGCUUCAGUCUUGAUCGGCGCGAGUCCUAGCGUACUUGAUAGCUCAGCGGCUAGAGGACCUUCGGCCGUAUUCCGCCCAGAUACCCGCAUGAGCAACGUCGAAUCGACAUAUCGCCCAACAUCUCAGGCCCCCAGGUCGCGUAGUAAUAGUUAUAAGGCCCAAGGUCCAUCAGUCCAAGAGGCUGUAGGAAAUUCUUGGCAACCCCGCGCUAUCAGCCGUGGACGGCAGCGAGUACAGAAGGAUUUCGCUGGAGCCUCCUAUCAUGCAGAUAUCACGAGGAGAGACGGCUCGCCAGAGUGGUCUGUUCAAGGGGACAUGGACAGCGGGGAUGAUGAUGAGAUUGUGGAAGAGAUCAUUGUGCGACGCUCACCAAGCUGCGCAAUUCAUGGGGACAGGCAUAACCACAUUGGCACUCCGGGACGAGAAUCCAGCCUACAUUCCAAUGAUUCUAACGGAGAGAGGUUUGAUUUGUCACGAGUUAUUCCUGAGUCGGGUGGACCAUUGAAGACUAAAAGUGUAACUGAAACCUCAAAUCAGCCUCUCGACAACGAACUUGAGGCACCCUCAAACUUUUACGCAUCUUCUGCCGAGACCCUUGCCGGCGCAGAAGAUUCACUUGCCGCGCCUUGGUUCUUGUUUGAUCCAAAGACACCAAAAGCCAUGGUUUUUAAGAUGGAUGAGAAUCAUGCUACACCUAACACGCCUCGAUCCGCUCCUUUCGCCCAACCUCUAAAGAUCGCGAAGCAUAUCGGGCAAGAGGCGAUAGACAAAGUUAGACCGAAGAGUGCUGUUUGGUAGUAGUGGUACUUUAACGUGUAAUGAGCUUAGGAAUGAUUUGAUGCAC